AAAAUGCGGAAGUUGGUGUCGCCUCGAGUGGACGAAGCGGUGAAAUCCUCCAACUACAUGAAAAUGUCAAAAAUGGAACUUUGUCCUGCAAGAGAGGACAAGGAGAGUCAACGUGAAACUGAUUUUUCUUCUCAAAUUCUCCAAGAUGUCCAGCAGCCGAUUGGGUACCAAGAGGAAUCUAUGCCCCCACAUGUUAAGGAGGAAGCACAAGAUCCUUUGCCCUGCCAGAUUAAAGUGGAAGAGGAGGGGGGCAAUGUAACAAAGUUACCACCGACUGUUGUCAUUGUGAAGAGUGAAUACGACAAAAGAGUCAAAGAAAAACUGCCCGAGUUAUCGCAGCUUCUCGGCAGCAGCUCACCACAAUGCGUGACAACAGUAGAACUUCCAUCUCAACAGCAGUGGGGGAGCUCCAGCUCGGAGUGGAAGAAGCUGCAGCCGUUCCACAUGAAGGAGGAAGAGGAAAAGGCUGACGUCAGCAACUUGCCACUGACUUGUGUCGACGUGAAGAAAGAAGAUGACAUAGACGAACCUCUGGAGUGCACAGAAAUUCAUCAUCGCGGUCCAAGUGGACGACCGCCGCUAGACAACCUCUUAGCGCCGCUGUCAGAAAGUGAUGACAUUGAAGAACCUCGGCGGAGCAUCCCAGACACGGAAGGUGACGACAUGCAGUUGAAAACUUCUGAAAGAGCGGCGAGGAACAAGACGUCAGAAACGCGUAGAAAACAUUGCACCUGCUCAGUUUGUGGUAAAGGAGUUGCUAAUAAAACAAAAUUGCUCAGACACAUGAGGACACACACAGGGAAAAAAGCCUUCAGUUGCUCACAUUGUGGUAAAGAAUUUUCUCAAAAGGGAUCACUGGUGGAACACGUGAGAAUACACACAGGAGAGAAACCCUUCAAAUGCACAGCGUGCAGUAAAACGUUCUCGCAAAAAGGAAGUAUGCAAGCACACAUGAGAAUGCACACGGGAGAAAAACCUUUUAAGUGCUCACAUUGCGGUAAAGAAUUUGCUCAGAAGGGAACGAUGCUCGGACACGUGCGUCUACACACGGGAGAAAAACCUUUCAGUUGCUCAUUUUGCAGUCGAACAUUCUGCCAGAAAGGAAGUAUGCUAUCACACAUGAGAAAACACACGGGGGAAAAACCUUUCAGUUGCUCCACUUGUGGCCGAACCUUCUCUCAUAGAGCGGCGAUGGCGACACACAUGAGAAGACACACGGGAGAAAAACCCUACAGUUGCUCGACUUGUGGCAAAAUCUUCUCCCAGAAGCAACAUCUGGUAUCGCACACGAGAACGCACACGGGAGAGAAACCUUAUAGUUGCUCCACUUGUGGUAAAAUGUUCUCUCAAAAGCCACAUCUGGCAACACACAUGCGAACACACACGGGGGAAAAACGGUUCAAUUGCUCUGUUUGUGGCAAAUCAUUCUCUCAAAAAGGUGGGAUGCAAUCACACAUGAGUAAACACACGGAAGAAAAACUCUACAGUUGCUCAAUUUGUGGUCAAACAUUCUCUCAAAUGAACCAUGUGGUCACACACAUGAGCAUUCACACGGGAAGACCCUUGAGUUGCCCAGCAUGUGGUGAAAGCUAUGCUCACAAGGGCAGUUUGAUUGAACACAUGCGAAAACACAGCACAGAAACGGAAUAAGAAGUCAUGAGAUGAAAACAUGCAGUAUCAUUUUCUUCAAUGUGUACUCAACAUGUAAAUAGCAUGUACGGUUCAAAAGGCAUUAAAAACAUUCAUCUUUCACUGCAAGCCACUCUUGUGUAUUCUUUUCUAAUCAAUCUAUCUAUCUAAGAAUAUGGCGGCUAGGUGAUGUCACAGUGUUUUCCUACAUACAGUAGAGACUCCAGUUAUUCAAUGUAUUCAAGUUGUGUUGUCACCUGUCCCGGAUUUUGUCCCGCAUUUUCACGGUUCAAAUAAAAUGGUUCACGCAAAACAAAUAUAUUCGAGAAAGUGACAGGCACCAAAAUAACAUACACUAUGGCACUUGAAAUUUGAGGAUUACAAAAGUUUUACACCCUGAAUUAUCCUGCCACUAACAGACAUUGAUUUUGGAUUCAUGACAGUAGUCUUUUAUCAAUCAAACCUUUUUAUUGUUUUUUGUCAACAUGGAAAUGACAUUUUCUUCGGUCAGCAUUUUGUUUCGAACAUUAACAUUGCUUUGACAUUUUGUUUGGAAUAUGACAGUAUUAUUGCAUUUGGCUUGCCCAUCCGUGAGAAAUCAACAUUUGAUUUAUUAAUAUAUUUGUGGCCCUUCAGGAUUUGCAAUAGACCUAAUGUGCACAAAAAAAAAAUCUCAACGUUAUUACAUGAUAAACCUUUUGGUACAGAUUUUAGCGAGUGUUGUGAAAGU